AUGUCAUGCCCGGCUCAAUCUAUGGAGCUUACGGUCCUGAUCUCCUUACGCCGGUGCACGCACAUACAGCUGAAACAGAUCCAUGCCGUCAUAACAACGGCGACCCUGAUCGGAAUCCCAGAGGUCCGAUUGAAGCUCCUCCGCCGGAGCACCGAAUUCGGGGAAAUGGACUAUCCGGAGAGGAUCUUCGCCCAUAUGGGCGGCCAGGCCGCGGCGGAGACGCCGCUCUGGAACGCGAUGGUCAGAGGCUACGCGUACAACGGACCAUACGUGAAUUGCCUGAAACUGUUCGAUGAAAUGUCCCUGCGAGGCCUUUGCCCGAACAACCACACGUUCCCUUACGUUCUGAACGCGUGUUCUCAGAUGGGUUUGUUCGGAGUCGGCCGGAAGGUGCACGGCCGUGCUCUGAAGUCCGGGUUUCUCUGGGCGUUUACUGUCGGGAACGCGCUUUUUGAUUUCUACGUAAAGAUGGCUGAGUGUUUGGAGGGCGCGAGCUCGAGCGAUGACCGUAAAGCGUUCGACGAGACGUGCGAGAAAACGGUGAACCUGUGGAAUAAAAUGAUUGGAAGAUACGUGAACGAGGAUGAUGUCAAGAAUGCAAGGAAACUGUUCGAUGAAAUGCCCGAAAGAGAUGCGGUUUCUUGGAACACCAUGAUUUCGGCAUAUGCUAAAGCGGGUAACCUGGCAGCUGCUUGGCACUUAUUCAAUCGUUCGCCGUGUAAGAAUGUGGUGACGUGGACAACAAUGAUUGGAGCGCAUGCCGCAAAAGGAGACGUGAAAACGGCCCGGGAGGUGUUCGACAUGAUGCCGGACAAGAAUGUUGUCUCUUGGAAUUGCAUGUUUGCGGGCUACAACCGUGCCGGUGAAUUUCAAAAGGCGCUCGAUUUAUUUUCCAUAAUGCAGUCCGAGAAUGUGGACCUGGAUUCCUACACACUAGCUGCGGCCCUAACGGCUUGUUCCUACACGAGCGACCUCGAGUUAGGGAAACGGGUCCACUCCAUGAUACGGGAUUGGCCCGAGACAGGCAUCAUAGUGGGGUCCGCUCUCGUGCAAAUGUACGCAAAUUGUGGGGACAUUGAUCGAGCUUUCACUACAUUCGUCAAAAUCGGGCACAAGGAUGUGUUUAGCUAUAACAUCAUGAUCAAGUCACUUGCCAUUCACGGUCGAGCCAAGGAUGGAAUCAAGAUUUUCGACCGAAUGUUGAAGAGAGGGCUAAGGCCGAACGAGUACACCUACUCGUGCGCCCUCUUUGCGUGUAGCCACGGAGGUUUAGUAAAGGAGGGUCGCGCGAUUUUCAAGGGUUUGGAGAGGGAUUCGGACGUGGGCCCAAGCGUGUAUCACUAUUGUACAAUGGUUGACUUGCUAUGCAGAAAUGACCGGCUUGAGGAAGCUAAGUCGUUGGUGGAUGGUAUGAAGGUCGAACCCGAUAUUGCCGUGUGGGGAGCUUUAUUGAGGGGUUGUAAAGAAAGGGGGAAUCUUGGAAUGGCGGAAAGCGUGAGCCGUAAGAUAGUUGAGUUGGGAUCUGACGAGGCUGGUGUUCAUGUGCUUUUGUCAAACAUUCGUGCCUCGAUGGGUGAAUGGUCCGGUAAAGUCGAAGCAAGAAAGCUAAUGGACGAGACUGGAAUAUGGAAGAGAGCGGGGAGUAGCAGCAUUGCUUGA